AUGCAUUGCUUUACCUAUUUCCAUGAAAACUUUUAUCUUUAAUAAUAAUACAUCCAGCAAUAAAUGCUAAUGUACAAUCAAAUGUUAAAGUACUCAAAUAAUAAUAAAUUAUAGUGCUUGUGCUUUUCAAAAUUAGCUUUUCUAAUCAACCAAUAACUAAAUACCAAAUUAAGCUGAAUUUCUAUACUCUUAACUUUCAAAAAAUGAGGAUACUCCUCUUAUUUAAGCAAAAGCUAACACCCUAAAGAAAAAAAAAAUUAUUAGAGCCCCUAAACAAUAAUAAGAUGGAGUUAAUGACCAAAAUAAAACAUCAAAAAAGAAAGUGUUUCUUUCGAUGUUAGAUAUUAAGGAAGUAUAAUAUAAAAAGUAUACUCAUUAAAUAAUGUAGAUCCAAAGUAUCUAAUGUAGAAGUAUAGUAAAAGACUACAAAUUUAUUGAAUGAAGUGAAUUAAUGA